AUGGCCAGAUCCGUUGGAGACGUCGAUGAUGGUCUUGACGCGCCGUUGUUGGUGCGCCGUAUUCGACAUAUUGCCUCGAUCCAAGUUCGCAACCUCACUCCAUUCCCAGUCCGUGAUGCCUUCACUUCCGCCCUAUCGCAUUCGAGCGAGUCGACCUUAACACGGUCAUUCGCUGCGGACGACAUGUACAUGAGUACGUCUCGGAGACGCACCCGCAAGAUUUCAACAAGUUCUGUUGGUUCAAAGUCCGUCAUCAAAUGGGAUGACCCUGUCCCUGAAGACGAGGAAGCGGGACUCAGCCCAACUACAGGCACCAUACGCGCAAGAAAGACAUCUGGCUCAAGGGUCAGUUUCACCGCUGCGAGUGGUAGUGGAAACGCUACAAUACGAGGGAAUCCCCUUGCAAAGAACCCUCGUCCUCGGACAAGCUCCAAAGCCUCGUCAAUUAGCGUCCGGACGCUUGCUUCUGGUCAUGCAGGAAACACAGCAAGCGCCAUAUCUACCAUAUCCGCCACCUCUUCCUUCCUCUCCGACAACUCCCAGAAGGGUCUCGAGAAGGUCAUCAAUUCCCGACUCCUCGAGACCUGCCUGGUUAUUACUGUCGUCGAGCCUCCGUCGCAAGUCCCUGAUGGACCCUUAGCACCGCAAUCCGCCAAUCACAUCCCGCCUAAUUCACCUGAUAACAAGGGUAAAUUCCCUGCUCCCUUGAAAUCCGCACCUUCCUCCAAGACCCAGUUUAGAUCACAUACCCCUUCAUCUCGGUCUUCUUCAAUACCAGGGUCGAAGCACAUCCGAAGCCUAACCCUGGCAGACGCAUCAGCCAUCUCGGAGAGACACAAGCUGCCUCCCGAUGGGAAACAUACCCGACAAGCAAGUUCCGGUCAUGCGAAGAACAAGGUUCCUUCUCCGCCUGCUCUGUCCAGGACAAGGUCGGAAUCCGGCCAUGCGCCCCUAACCCUGAAACCUUUCCCUUUAGAGCCCACCCAGUUACAGUACCUUUCGCCUAUACAUCGACCCUCUACCAAUCCCGAGUUCAGUGUCGGCUCGCACUUCCUAUCCUCCUUCUCCGAAUGGACAUGUCUCAAUGCACAGGCACUUCGCGUGACAAUCUGGGGAAAGAUGCCUGUAGACAUCUAUGCGGAUCAACAAAUUACACCUGGUCCCCCACCAUAUCCAAACGAGAGGGGAUUUAUGUGGAAAGUCCUAGACGAGUGGGAUGUUCACUUGGGUGAAUUGAUUCCCGUUCCAGUGGAGGUGAGCAAGAAUGCAGCCCUGUUUGUCGCCGCUUUCUGA